CCGUGUUGAGUUCACAAGACCGUGACGUAAACACUGAGCCCAGGGGGGAGGCGAAGGGGACCUUGCACUCCUUUUCAAACCUCAAACAUGGGAAAGUCUCUUUCUCAUCUACCUUUGCAUUCCAAUAAAGAAGAUGGUUAUGAUGGGGUCACAUCGACAGACAACAUGAGGAAUGGUCUGGUUAACAACGAAGUGCAUAAUGAAGAUGGAAGAAAUGGAGAUGUCUCUCAGUUUCCAUAUGUGGAAUUUACUGGAAGAGAUAGUGUCACUUGUCCCACUUGCCAAGGAACAGGAAGAAUUCCUAGGGGACAAGAAAACCAGCUGGUGGCACUGAUCCCAUAUAGUGAUCAGCGGUUACGGCCAAGAAGAACAAAGCUGUAUGUGAUGGCAUCUGUGUCUGUCUGCCUGCUCCUGUCCGGAUUGGCUGUGUUUUUCCUUUUCCCUCGAUCUAUUGAUGUGAAAUAUAUUGGUGUAAAAUCAGCCUAUGUCAGUUACGAUUUUCAAAAACGAACCAUAUAUUUAAAUAUCACGAACACACUAAAUAUAACAAACAACAACUAUUAUUCGGUUGAAGUUGAAAAUAUCACUGCUCAAGUUCAGUUUUCAAAAACAGUUAUUGGAAAGGCACGCUUAAACAACAUAACUAACAUUGGCCCACUUGAUAUGAAGCAGAUUGAUUAUACGGUACCCACAGUUAUUGCUGAAGAAAUGAGUUACAUGUACGACUUCUGUACACUGGUCUCCAUCAAAGUACACAACAUAGUACUCAUGAUGCAAGUAACUGUAACAACAACAUACUUUGGACACUCUGAGCAAAUAUCUCAAGAGAGGUACCAGUACGUUGACUGUGGAAGGAACACGACUUACCAGUUGGCCCAGUCUGAGUAUCUAAAUGUACUUCAGCCACAACAGUGAAGUCUAAAGGAGAUGGCAUAGAGCAGAUAACACACCUGAGACAUGUUCAGAACUGCCAGUGAGGAGGUACUGCCCAGGACACCUUGAUUUGAGCAUGUCUAAAAUUUACAACAGGACACUGAGGGUUCCAGGACUCUCAUUCUGUGUUGAUGAUUUGCUCAUACCAAGAGCCUUUCCUCAAUCGUAAGUUAACUGAUUGGCUUUCUUCUUAAAUUAGUUCCCAAGGUGAAAAACUGAGACUUCCUCUAAUACAAUAAAUAAUUAUAUAAAAGUCAUAGACUUAAUCUAUAGUCCUAUUUAUAAUAUAGUUCAGUCAUGAACAUAAUUUGAAAAGUAACUUCUGAAAGUUUUUAUAUUAAAUUACUGAAAAUCCAUUACUCAUGGAGGACUUUUAAAAACUAACCUGUUUUAUAAAUCCUCAUUCUUAUAUGAUGGUAGUCUUUCAACUAUAUGAUAAUGUUGCUAUUAGCUAAAUGUUUUUAGCCUUUAAUUUGUUGAAAUUCUACUGAUUUGCAUGUUUUUGUCUUAUUUUUAGCUAAUGGUCCAUAAUAUUUACCUUAAUUCUGUUCUACAUUUUGUAAGAACCUCUCCAUAUGUGCUCCAUGUAUAGUUUUGUGAAGUUUUUGUGUGACCAUCAAACAUACCCCCUUGUGUACAGUAUUGUAAAUAAACUGCAUGGCUUUUAUACAGCUUUGAUAAAUGUCAAAGUGAAGUGGUACUGAGUAAAACAAAUAGUUCAAAAGAUUAAAGUAGGAAAAUGAAAUUCAGAAAUGUAUAAAGUAUCAGUAGGUUCCAACUACUUGUUGGAUAUGGCAUAAAAUAGAUAUAUAGUAAAACACUUUGAUGCUUUACUUUUAUGUCCUUUUCAUAUUAAGAAUUAUAUAGAUAUUUUCAUAAUGAUUGGGUAUCAUCAAUGUAAUGAAUGAUUUAUGGAAGGAAAAUUUUUUUACUAGAAAUUAUUCUAGAAAUCCUUUCAUUUAACACUGGUGGCUACAUCAAAAUAAACCUGUAGUUUGCUUUGAAAUUUUUAAUUGUUGUAUAUCAUACUGAUUUGAUGCUUCUGCAGGCCCAUAAGUAUUCCCUUUUUACUUUAAUUUCAUCUAACAUUGUUUUCAAGUAUGAUGGAUGUAUUCAUCUUUUGGCUUAUAUUUCCAAUGUCAUUUUCUAAAAGGUGUUUUUCCUUAGUCAUUCAGAAAAUUCUAUAGCCCCUUUAAAAUAUAUAACAUUAUUCAUAAGAGCUAAGUAUGAUAACCAGGCUAAUUUUUUAUUUUUUUAACUCAUGACAGAAAUUGGGUUUUCCUUUUCCCAUUCCCAAGUGCCUACCUUAGUUAUAGUGAGUAGCCUAUUUAUCAGUCCAGUUCUCAAGUACAAAACAUAAAUUUUCAUGGUUUAAUCAUGCCCCUUAAGCACACCCACAUCUUCCCUUAGCUUUCAUACCAUAUUCCCCAUGUGAGUGAACAUUGCAAGUAUCCUUUUUGUAUCUUGCCUUCGUCCAGUGUCCUUCCUGUCAUGCCAGGUCAUUCAUUCUCUAGUCUCACCAGUCUGUGGGAAGUUUUCUUUUCCUGGGCUUGCUGGUCAUGCCACCCCACCCCACCCCAUAUUCAUACUCCUUCAGUUGCAACUGUCCAGUUGUGCUUACACUUUCCAAAUUAAACUCAUUUCAUUAUCUGUAUUCUCUCAUUUAGGCAUAACCAGUGUCAGUGAGUCAUCUGGUUUUCCUUUGGUCUAGAAAUGUUUAAUCCUGUCACUUCAGAGUUACUGGUAUCUUAAUUAGGCCUCCAAGUCUGUGUCUCUUCUUGACCAGUAACAGUGUAGUUUCAUGUUUACUAAGUUGAGUAUCUUGGUGACUCUCUCUGUGUAAAAAAACAAAGUGUAAAGAAAUCUUUUUGUGAUUUCUCUUGAUCAUUGUCCCUAUUUUUCAUGGUAUACAAAAUCAUCAUUUAUUUCUCCAGAAUCAACCUGUACAUAUGGAUCACAUAAUCACUUUCUAUGUUCUUUCUGUUUGCAUUUUAGUCAGGGUAUCACUGUCAGUAAGGAAGUUUGUUUUUACCUUCUAGAAUGAUGUGGAAGGUGGAAGGUCCGAAGAGGCAAAACAAUGGUGCAGCCACUAGAAGCUGCUUUGCUCCGAGUGACUCAGCUUGAGAACCUUUUAACUCUUUAAAAUGUGAUUACAUCUAGACAUGUAGGCUUAAUUUCCAACUUUGGUGAUGUUUGAGACAUUAGGGAAAGAAAAAAUAAAACAAACAAACAAAAAACCACUUGAAAUUUAAACCCAAGUAAAAGGUAAAAAACAGAGAGAUGCAGUAUGCCUGUGAUGAUUCAAGGACAAUUAAGUAACUACUGGGUAAGCCAGGUGAUAACAAGUUGCAAGUUAAAACUAAAACAAAAUAAACAACAACAGAACCCUUACUUUGGAGAAGCCUAACAGUAGCUAUGAAAGCAUUUGCAAGUACAAUGAGGCUUUUAGCUUUUCUUAGGUCAAUGCUGAGUCUGGCUUUUGGCUUGGAGAAAGGGUAGGUAUUAAUAUAUUUUUAUGAGUACCUUCACAACUUAGCCAGGCACAUGAUGAAGACAUUAUAGUGUUGCUUCAUACUCUCAGAAGUGAAUUCUGUUCUACCCUCAUCCAGCCUUUAGGUGGAUGCUGUGUAACACGCUGGCUGUUGCUCCUCUGUCUGCUUUUCUUAGGUGAUUUCUCACCAGUAUACUGAGAGGAUUUGCUUUAAAAUUGAAUACUAGUAAAUACCUUCAUUGCAGACAGAACUAUGUUCUUUGUCUCUAAUAUUUGUGCCCUUUCAUUUAAAAUAGCCACCAGAAAGCCAUGUUAAAUAAGCUCAAUGCAAUUAAAAAUUAGAAGUGGGCAGCAAAAUGGUUCAGUAGAUAAGGAUGAUUGCCACCAAGGCUGAUAAUCCAUUUCUGAAUCUCACAGCAGAAGGAGAAAACUGACUCCUGCAAAUUGUUUUCUGAUGUACCAUGUGGGUAUGCACACACACACACACACACAGAGAGAGAGAGAGAGAGAGAGGGAGAGAGAGAAAUGCAUGUAAAAAGUAGGAUCAAAGUUCUUGAAGUUGAUAGUAAUGGGCUAAAAUUUUGGUAACUUUUGAAUUGCUAGCUGAAAUAUUUCUCAAAGUUAAUUGAACAAUGUAGAAAACUAUAGAGCCAACUCUGCCUGGAACUUAAUUUUUGUGUUAAUGUUUAAUACUCCUCAAUAAUUCUAAUAAAAAUAAGUCUGACAUUUUCAGUGUGAAUUAUUUAUAAAUAAGAUUAUUACAUUUGAAAUUUGAAAUACACUAUGAAAAUAUUAGGCAUAAGAUAAAUUCCUUGAAAUUGCUUGAAAGACCAUCUUGACUGAGGCAUCAUUUAAUAUGCCAUAACUUUAUUUUGUGCUCCAUUUUCUUUUGAUUCCUGUUUACUUGGGUUUAAUGAAGUAGUUAUUUUCUGUGGAAAAAAAGUUACAAGAAUGAAAUAUAACUCAAUUCAGAACUUGUAACUUGCACUUAGGAAAUGGCAUUCUAGCAUAAAAGGGGAUAGGAGGUGACAUCAACACACAGGAUAAGUAACAUCUUAGGAGCCUUGAGACUUGGCCCUAAUAAGUCCUCUUUGGUUCUUAGCCUUAUUGGGAUGUAAUGUUGGAUAUUAUGUUGACAGAUGUGUUGCUGAGUCUUUGUCAUUGUUUGUUCUUUAAAGGAAAGGGCUUAAGUCAACAGGUAUUUACACAGUGCUUCUUAUUUUAGAAGAUCGUUCAUUCAUAUACUUCCAAAUACAUUUUCUGUCUUUGACCUACAGUGUGAGCUGAACUUGAAGUUGUUGAUGUGUAAUCAAAUGGUAAACUGGGUGAGAGUUUGAGAUCACUAAAGUGCAGCAGGUGCAUGGAUCAGAGAACAUCUUAGAGGGCUCAGCUGGAUGCCUCUCAUUUUUUGUGAAAUUGGGUUUUAAAUGAGAUACUUAACUUUUUAAAGAAAAAAAUACUACAUACCAGAGAUAGUUGGAUAAGAAUCAUUACUCAAAGUUUUAUUUUCAGUUGAAACAUACAUUUGUGAUAUACUUGGAUCAAAAAUUUAAAUUCUAUAUCUGAGAUCUAUUUACACAGCAAUAUUCAGUCAGUUUCUAAUUGGAACUACAUUGUGUGUGUUUAGCUUACUUAGAUAACAGCUUUCACGGAUGAAUUUUGAAGCUUAUCUUUGAGAUUUACCAACAAUGAUGUGGUUACUAUGGGAACAAAAAAUGGAAUUUCCAUGUUUUAAAAUGCAAUUCCUUUAGUAGUUCUUUGUGCACAUUUAACACAGAGUCCAAGUUGAAGAAAAUAGUGUGGGUUGGUGUUUGACCCUCAAAGCCCUGCAUAGAUAACUUAGCAAAAUUAUGAAAAGAUUUUCAUAGUUGAGUCUCACUAUUCUAGAAGGAAAUUGUUGCCUUCUGUUUAAUUACAUUAAUUGAAAUGUGUUUAAGAGAAAUGUUUUCAGGAUAUUUUGUAUGCUGUAAAACACAAAAGAAUAGUAUUGUGCCAAUGGCCAAAGGUAAUAUUACUACCAUGUAGAUGAUGAAAGUUCAAAUUAACCAAUUCACCCAGAAUUUUAGAAACUAGAAGUCUGGGGGAUACUGCAUCAGCUGUAUUGGGUGAUUCUUGAGUACUGUACAGGCUGUUCAUCUUGUAAUUGUCCAGGAGGAGGAGGAAUGAUGCCUGGCACGACCAGAUGCAGAAUUUCAUUGCACAGAGGCUGGCUUCAGACAUAAAGCAUCAGCCAGUCAUGCCUGUGUGGUUUAUCUUGUAAUUUCCUUUUGAACUAAACUAAGAAGGUUUGGGGAAAUGAUUUAGGAGAUCUCCUGAUUACACACAUGACAGUAUUACUAAACUCUAACAGUCAAUUCAAAUUGUGGAAUAGAGAAUGUAAAAUAUCUUAUGUAUACUUGCUCUUUAGUUGCCUCCAUCAUGGAACAUCUAUUAAAUUUACUAUUUGUAUAGUUCUGAAUUAUAGUUAUGAUCGCUGUUCAUAUAGGGAAAAGUGGUUAUAAUAGGAACAAAAGAAUAGACAUGCCCCCCAAUGCUAUUUUUUAAAUUCACUUGUAACUGUUACUCUUAUACUUAUGUAUGACAAAAUAAAAUUUGUAAAAACAUUUUAGCAUGAAAAAUAAACUUUGUAUCAACAAA